GAAAGAAUGUCUAUGCCAAAUGACACCCAGUUCCAUCCUUCUUCAUUCCUUUUGCUGGGCAUCCCAGGGCUAGAAGAUGUGCACAUCUGGAUUGGAUUCCCCUUUUUUGCUUUGUAUCUUGUUGCACUCCUGGGGAAUGCUGUUAUCCUGUUUGUGAUCCAGAUGGAACAUAGUCUCCAUGAGCCCAUGUACUACUUCCUGGCCAUGUUGGACUCCAUUGACCUGGGUUUGUCCACGGCCACCAUCCCCAAAAUGCUGGGCAUCUUCUGGUUCAGCCUCAAGGAUAUCUCUUUUGAAAGCUGCCUUUCCCAGAUGUUCUCCAUUCACUUCUUUACUGCAAUGGAGAGCAUUGUGUUGGUGGCCAUGGCCUUUGACCGCUCCAUUGCCAUUUGUAAACCCCUUCAGUACACCAUGAUCCUCACCAGCAAAAUCAUCAGCAUGAUUGCUGGCAUUGCUGUUCUGCGGAGCCUGUGCAUGGUGGCUCCACUGGUGUUUCUUCUCCUGAGAUUGCUUUUCUGUGGGCACCAUGUCAUCCCUCAUACCUACUGUGAGCACAUGGGUAUUGCCCGUUUAGCCUGUGCUAGCAUCAAAAUUAACCUAAUAUUUGGUCUUGGGAAUGUGGCUAUUUUAUUAUCAGAUGUGCUUCUUAUUACUCUUUCCUAUGUCAGAAUCAUCUAUACUGUCUUCUGUCUGCCCUCCUGGGAAGCCCGGUUCAAAGCUCUCAAUAACUGUGGCUCCCACAUUAGUGCUAUCUUAGCCUUUUUCACACCAGCAUUUUUCUCUUUCUUAGCACACCAUUUUGGCCACGAUAUUCCUCGAUACAUGCACAUCUUCUUAGCCAACCUAUACGUGGUUGUUCCACCAGCCCUCAAUCCUGUAAUUUAUGGGGUCAGAGCUAAGCAGAUUAGGGAGCGAGUUCUGAAGAAUUUUUUUUAA